GGACGGGCUUCUUUCGACGGGGCUUGGGGCGCUCCGGGUCGCUGCUUGUUGGUGUUAAGGAAGGGGAAGUCAGAGCGGGCGGCCCCCGCACCCGUUACUUCGCUGUAAUCAAAUCUCUCGCUCUGCCUGAACUUCUCAAAUCGUCACACCCGGAAAAUGCCUCGAGUGGGUCCGAUUGGUUCCUGCCAGGGGAAAGAAGUGCAAAGAAAAAAAGAGGCACAUUCCGUUAGCCAAAGCUGGAGAGGUCUGUCUGUCUUGAUCAGAAGUGUGGAAGCUGUGAAACCUUCCUUAUCCAUUUGUAGCAGUUGAAUUUGUGAAGUGAAAGAAGAUAAAAUGGUUGCCUUGUCAUUGAAGAUUGGAGUUGGAAAUGCUGUCAAGACUAUGCAGUUUGAACCCUCGACGAUGGUCUAUGAUGCAUGUCGAAUGAUUCGUGAUCGGGUCCCGGAAGCACAGACGGGACAGCCCAAUGAUUAUGGAUUAUUUCUGUCUGAUGAGGAUCCAAAGAAAGGGAUUUGGUUGGAAUCUGGCAAAGCUUUGGACUACUAUAUGUUGAGGAAUGGGGAUACUUUGGACUACAAAAGAAAGCAGAGGCCUCUGAAGAUUAGGAUGUUGGAUGGAAGUAUCAAAACAGUAAUGGUGGAUGACUCAAAAAUUGUGAGCGAUAUGCUGAUGACAAUCUGUGCCAGAAUAGGAAUCACAAAUCAUGAUGAGUAUUCGCUUGUACAUGAACUUGUUGAAGAAAAGAAAGAAGAAAUAACAGGGACCCUGAAGAAAGACAAAACCCUACUCAGAGAUGAUAAGAAAAUGGAAAAGCUUAAGCAAAAAUUGCACACAGAUGAUGAUUUGAACUGGUUAGACCAUGGAAGAACACUGCGAGAACAGGGUGUUGAUGAAAAUGAAACCUUGCUUCUCAGGCGAAAAUUCUUUUAUUCAGAUCAAAAUGUUGACUCAAGAGAUCCUGUGCAAUUGAACUUGCUUUAUGUACAGGCCAGAGAUGAUAUUCUGAAUGGUUCUCAUCCAGUAUCCUUCGACAAAGCUUGUGAUUUUGCAGGAUACCAGUGUCAGAUCCAGUUUGGACCACACAAUGAGCAGAAGCAUAAACCUGGAUUUUUAGAUUUAAAAGAAUUCCUGCCGAAGGAGUACAUUAAACAGAAAGGAGAGAAAAGAAUAUUUAUGACACACAAGAAUUGUGGGAACAUGUCUGAAAUGGAGGCAAAAGUGUUGUAUGUAAAGUUGGCCCGUUCCCUGAAGACAUAUGGCGUAUCCUUCUUCUUGGUUAAGGAAAAAAUGAAAGGGAAGAACAAACUUGUACCUCGUUUACUGGGAAUUACCAAAGAAAGUGUCAUGCGUGUGGAUGAGAAAACAAAAGAAGUGAUUCAGGAAUGGAGCCUUACAAACAUCAAACGUUGGGCAGCAUCACCUAAGAGCUUUACUCUGGAUUUUGGUGACUAUCAGGAUGGGUACUAUUCAGUUCAGACAACUGAAGGAGAGCAAAUUGCACAGCUGAUAGCUGGAUACAUUGAUAUUAUUUUGAAAAAGAAAAAGAGCAAAGAUCAUUUUGGUUUGGAAGGUGAUGAAGAAUCCACAAUGUUGGAAGAUUCUGUAUCUCCUAAGAAGUCUACCAUCAUGCAGCAGCAGUUCAACAGGACUGGGAAAGUGGAGCAUGGGUCUGUAGCGUUACCUGCAAUUAUGCGUCCUGGUGCUGGGGGUCCAGAAAACUUUCAGGUUGGAACAAUGCCAGCAGCCCAACAGCAAGUGACCAGUGGACAAAUGCACAGAGGACACAUGCCUCCACUGACAUCUGCACAGCAAGCUCUCAUGGGAACUAUUAAUUCCAGCAUGCAGGCUGUGCAGCAAGCACAAGCUAAUCUGGAUGAUGUGGAUGCCUUGCCACCCCUUGGACACGAUGCUGCCUCAAAAGCUUGGAGAAAAAAUAAAAUGGAUGAAUCCAAACACGAGAUCCAUUCACAGGUUGAUGCAAUUACUGCAGGCACAGCAUCAGUGGUCAACCUCACUGCAGGUGAUCCCCUUGACACAGACUACACAGCAGUUGGAUGUGCAGUAACAACCAUCUCUUCAAACUUAACGGAGAUGUCGAAAGGUGUCAAACUGUUGGCAGCUCUAAUGGAGGAUGAGGGUGCAAAUGGGCAGGAGCUAUUGAAAGCUGCUAAGAACCUGACUUGUGCUGUCUCAGACUUGUUGAAGACUGCUCAGCCAGCUACUGCUGAGCCUCGACAGGUCCUGCUAACUGCUGCUGGUACUGUCGGGCAAACAAGUGGUGAACUUCUCCAGCAGAUUGGAGAAAGUGACGCAGAUCCACGGUUCCAGGACAUGCUCAUGCAACUGGCUAAAGCUGUAGCAAAUGCAGCAGCAGCUUUGGUCCUGAAGGCUAAGAAUGUGGCUCAGAAAACAGAGGAUUCAGUAUUACAGAACCGUGUCAUUGCAGCUGCAACACAGUGUGCACUUUCCACCUCGCAGCUUGUAGCUUGCACCAAGGUAGUAGCUCCUACUAUCAGCUCCCCAGUCUGUCAGGAACAGCUGAUUGAAGCUGGAAAACUUGUGGCAAAAUCAGUAGAGGGAUGUGUGGAAGCCUCGCACACUGCAACAAAUGAUGAGCAGCUGCUGAAGCAAGUUGGUGUGGCAGCCACUGCUGUGACACAAGCCCUCAACGAUCUAUUGCAGCAUAUUAAGUUGUAUGCCUCUGGAGGGCAUCCAUCGGGACGUUAUGAUCAAGCAACAGACACCAUUCUAACAGUGACGGAAAACAUUUUCAGCUCCAUGGGGGAUGCUGGUGAGAUGGUGAGACAAGCUAGAAUUCUGGCUCAAGCUACUUCAGACUUGGUCAAUGCCAUUAAAGCUGAUGCUGAAGGUGAAUCAGAUCUCGAGAACUCUAGAAAACUGCUCUCUGCAGCCAAACUAUUGGCUGAUGCCACAGCCAGGAUGGUGGAAGCUGCAAAGGGUGCAGCAGCUAAUCCUGACAGUGAAGAGCAGCAACAGAGAUUGAGAGAAGCUGCUGAAGGUUUGCGUAUGGCAACCAAUGUCGCAGCACAGAAUGCCAUAAAGAAGAAAUUGGUGAAUAAACUAGAGAAUGCAGCAAAACAGGCUGCAGCUGCUGCUACACAGACAAUUGCAGCUGCUCAGAAUGCUGCUUCAUCCAACAAGAACCCUGCCACCCAACAGCAAAUGGUUCAAAGCUGCAAGUCUGUUGCCGAACAGAUACCAAUGCUGGUCCAAGGUGUGCGUGGUAGUCAAUCACAGCCAGACAGUCCAAGUGCACAGCUGGCUCUCAUUAGUGCAAGUCAAAACUUUCUCCAGCCUGGUGCUAAGAUGGUUGCUGCUGCCAAAUCUACAGUUCCUACUAUUGGAGACCAGGCCUCAGCUAUGCAGCUGAACCAGUGUGCUAAGAACCUAGCAAACACAUUACAAGAGCUGCGAGCAGCUGCACAGAAGGCACAAGAUGCCUGUGGCCCCUUGGAAAUAGAUUCUGCCUUGAACCAGAUCAGAACACUGGAGAAAGACCUGCAAGAAGCAAAGGCAAAUGCUGCAGAAGGAAAGUUGAGACCACUGCCCGGUGAAACGCUGGAGAAAUGUUCCCAGGACUUGGGAAGCAGCACCAAGAUGGUGGGUGCUUCUGUGGCUAAGCUACUGAGUGCUGUCACACAAGGAAAUGAAAAUUACACCGGAUUGGCCUCCAGAGAAGUAGCUCAAGCAUUAAAAGCCCUAGGUUCAGCUGCACGAGGUGUUGCAGCCAAUACUACUGAUCCCCAAGCACAGAGCGCGAUGCUGGAGUGUGCAGGUGAUGUUAUGGAUAAAUCCAGUAAUCUAAUUGAAGAGGCCCGCAAAGCCAUGGCAAAACCAGGUGAUCCAGAAAACCAGCAGCGCCUAGCACAGGUGGCAAAGGCUGUAUCAAAUGCUCUAAACAGAUGUGUGAACUGUUUGCCGGGCCAAAGAGACGUCGAUGCGGCUCUAAGAACAGUUGGAGAGGCUAGCAAAAGGCUUCUUGCAAACUCGUUUCCACCAAGUUCCAAGAACUUUCAAGAGGUUCAGAGCCAUCUAAAUGAGGCAGCAGUUGGUUUGAAUCAAUCGGCCAAUGAAUUGGUGCAGGCAUCCCGUGGAAAUACAGAAGACCUGGCAAAGGCAUCUGGCAAAUUUGGCAAAGACUUCAAUGACCUCCUCCAGGCUGGUGUUGAAAUGGCUGGACAGUCCAAGGAUAAAGAAGACCAGGCUCAGGUAAUUGGAAACCUGAAGAGUAUUUCAAUGGCAUCCAGCAAACUCCUCCUAGCAGCCAAAGCACUCUCUGCUGAUCCAACAGCUCCCAACAUCAAGAACCAACUUGCUGCAGCUGCACGAGCUGUGACUGAAAGCAUCAAUCAGUUGAUUACUAUGUGCACACAGCAGGCUCCAGGACAGAAGGAAUGUGAUAAUGCUCUCCGUGAGCUUGAGACAGUCCAAGGAAUGCUUGACAACCCCACUGAAGCUGUCAAUGACUUGUCCUACUUUGAUUGCAUUGACAGCGUGAUGGAAAAUUCCAAGGUUCUUGGAGAGGCGAUGACAGGAAUUUCUCACAAUGCAAAGAACAGUAAUCUACCAGCCUUUGGUGAUUCUGUAAGUUCUGGUUCCAAGGCAUUGUGUGGACUUACAGAAGCAGCUGCUCAGGCAGCCUACCUUGUAGGAAUAUCAGAUCCCAACAGCCAUGCUGGCCAGCAAGGAUUAGUUGAUCCAGCUCAGUUUGCCCGUGCCAACCAAGCUAUCCAAAUGGCUUGUCAGAACUUGGUGGACCCAGCCUGUAUCCAGUCACAGGUUUUGUCUGCCGCCACCAUUGUUGCAAAGCACACUUCUGCGUUGUGCAAUGCCUGUCGCUUGGCCUCCUCCAAGACCUCUAACCCUGUGGCAAAGAGACAGUUUGUUCAGUCGGCAAAAGAAGUGGCAAACAGCACAGCCAAUCUUGUGAAGACAAUCAAGGCCCUUGAUGGUGCAUUUACUGAUGAAAACAGAGAGAAGUGCCGAGCUGCCACAGUUCCUCUGAUCGAAGCAGUCGAGAAUCUGACAGCGUUUGCUUCCAACCCAGAGUUUGUCAGCGUUCCAGCUCAAAUUAGUCCUGAGGGUCGUAAUGCUAUGGAACCUAUAGUUGUGGCUGCAAAGACAAUGCUGGAUAGUUCAACUGGCCUUAUUCAGACUGCUCGCUCUCUUGCUGUAAACCCCAAAGACCCACCCAAAUGGUCUGUCUUGGCUGGACAUUCCCGAACUGUGUCUGAUUCUAUCAAGAAGCUCAUUACUUCCAUCAGAGAUAAAGCUCCCGGGCAGAGGGAGUGUGAUGAAGCCAUUGAUGUUCUCAACCGAUGUAUCAGAGAUGUUGACCAGGCAUCUUUGGCAGCAAUUAGUCAGCAGCUGGCCCCACAAGAAGACCGCUCCCAAGAGGCGUUACAUGAUCAGAUGACUGGAGCUGUCCAUGAAAUCAGCAAUCUGAUUGAUCCAGUAGCAGUGGCAGCUCGUGCUGAGGCUUCACAAUUAGGACACAAGGUGUCCCAGAUGGCAAGUUACUUUGAGCCACUCACCAUGGCUUCAAUUGGUGCAGCAUCAAAGGCAGUUAAUCACCAACAGCAGAUGAAUUUAUUGGAUCAGACCAAGACGCUGGCAGAAUCUGCACUUCAGAUGCUGUAUACAGCUAAAGAAGCAGGCGGCAAUCCAAAGCAAGCAGCUCAGACACAAGAAGCCUUGGAUGAGUCUGUGCAGAUGAUGAAGGAAGCAGUGGAGGACCUGUCAGGAACACUCAGUGACGCAGCCAGUGCUGCAGGUGUUGUGAGUGGAAUGGUGGACUCCAUCAACCAGGCCAUUAACAAGAUCGAUGAAAAUGCUCCAGUGGAACCAGAGGGAUCAUUUGUUGACUACCAGACCACCAUGGUGAAGACUGCCAAAGCUAUUGCAGUAACAGUUCAAGAAAUGGUUACUAAAUCAACCACCAACCCAGAUGAGCUGGGGACUUUGGCUAAUCAACUCACGAGUGACUAUGGACAGCUGGCACAGGAAGCCACUCCUGCAGCCAUUACAGCCGAAAAUGAAGAGAUUGGGAAUCACAUCAAGAACCGUGUGCAGGAACUCGGUCACAAUUGUGCUUCAUUGGUUCUCAAAGCUGGUUCACUUCAGUGCAGCCCCAACGAUGCCUUUACGAAGAAAGAGCUCAUUGAAUGUGCUCGCAAGGUUUCUGAAAAGAUUUCCCAUGUGUUGGCAGCCUUGCAGGCAGGUAACCGUGGAACCCAAGCUUGCAUUACUGCUGCCAGUACUGUGUCUGGUAUCAUUGCUGAUUUAGACACAACCAUCAUGUUCGCUACAGCAGGAACACUAAACCGAGAAAAUGAAGAGACCUUCGCUGACCACAGGGAAAACAUCCUGAAAACAGCAAAAGCUCUGGUGGAAGACACAAAACUUCUUGUAUCGGGAGCCGCUGCAAGUCAAGAGAAGUUAGCGCAUGCGGCACAGUCCUCAGUUGUCACUAUUACUCGACUGGCUGAUGUGGUGAAAUUAGGAGCUGCAAGUUUGGGCUCAGACGAUCCUGAAACACAGGUUGUAUUAAUCAAUGCAGUGAAAGAUGUGGCAAAGGCCUUGGGUGACCUUAUUAGUGCCACGAAAGGAGCAUCAGGAAAAGCUUCAGAUGAUCCAUCCAUGUAUAAUCUCAAGAAUGCUGCCAAGGUGAUGGUGACCAAUGUGACUUCACUUUUGAAGACUGUAAAGGCUGUAGAAGAUGAAGCCACCAGAGGCACAAGAGCUCUGGAAGCUACAAUUGAACACAUCCGUCAAGAACUUGCAGUAUUUUGCUCAGCAGAUCCACCACCUAAAACGUCUACUCCAGAAGAAUUUAUCCGUAUGACUAAAGGAAUUACUGUUGCUACAGCUAAAGCUGUGGCAGCAGGAAACUCCUGUCGUCAAGAGGAUGUUAUUGCUACAGCCAACCUUAGUCGGAAAGCUAUAGCAGAGAUGCUUCAUUCUUGUAAGCAAGCAGCCUAUCACCCAGAGGUGUCCAGUGACGUUCGUACUCGGGCUCUUCGUUUUGGGAAAGAAUGUUCUGAGGGAUACCUGGCUCUACUGGAACAUGUACUUGUUAUCCUUCAGAAGCCAUCAACAGAUCUUAAACAGCAACUGGCAGGGUACUCAAAACGUGUGGCUGGUUCUGUCACUGAACUUAUCCAGGCAGCGGAGGCCAUGAAAGGAACAGAGUGGGUGGAUCCUGAAGACCCAACCGUUAUUGCUGAGAAUGAGUUGCUGAGAGCUGCUGCAGCUAUUGAGGCAGCAGCCAAGAAAUUGGAACAACUCCAGCCAAGAGCUAAACCUAAGCAAGCAGACGAAAGUCUUAACUUUGAAGAACAGAUUCUGGAGGCAGCCAAAUCAAUUGCCGCAGCAACCAGUGCCCUUGUGAAAGCUGCCUCAGCUGCUCAAAGAGAGCUUGUGGCUCAAGGCAAGGUUGGAGCUGUGCCGGCAAAUGCAGUGGACGAUGGCCAAUGGUCCCAAGGCCUCAUUUCAGCAGCUCGGAUGGUUGCUGCUGCUACAAGCAGUUUGUGUGAAGCAGCCAAUGCUGCGGUUCAAGGUCAUGCCAGUGAGGAGAAGCUCAUCUCUUCAGCCAAACAGGUGGCAGCAUCCACAGCUCAGCUGUUAGUGGCCUGCAAGGUGAAGGCUGAUCAGGAUUCGGAGGCCAUGAAGAGACUUCAGACUGCAGGUAACGCUGUGAAGAGAGCAUCUGACAAUCUCGUGAAAGCGGCCCAGAAGGCUGCAGCAUUCAAUGAACAUGAAGAGGAAAAUGUUGUUGUCAAGAAUAAAAUGGUUGGUGGUAUUGCUCAGAUUAUUGCAGCCCAGGAGGAAAUGCUGCGAAAGGAGAGAGAACUUGAAGAUGCUCGUAAGAAGCUUGCACUCAUCCGUCAGCAGCAGUACAGAUUCCUUCCUUCAGAACUUUGUGAUCAAGAGGAAAAUUAACUGUAGACUAGCUAAAAGAGCUAACCGCUAAUCCUGGCCAUGCAUCUAGUUUAUUAAUCAACGGCAAAAGAUCUAAUCUAGAUAAAUUUGUGGCCAGAUUUUUUUUAUAUGUUCAUGCAAUCGCUUGUUUGUAAUUCCCCAAAAGGUGCAAUAGGCGACCCAUUUCCUAAAUUUUUCUGCAUUCUAUAAAUCUGCACACAUUCAUUCACAUUUAACACAUUUUAUUUUGAGCAUAGAAGGGAAUGAUAAAUGUCUGCAUGUAUGUAUACAAUAGUAUGAAAAAUGAAAUGUGUGGUUGCAGUAUUGAUGACAUUGAAAAAUUUGCUGUAAAGCCUAUGUAUGAUAUUUUUUUUUAAAGUUUAUGAAGCCAGGAUGGCGGGAGAUAUAUUUGAUAAUUCCAAAGAAAAUGCACAAGAGCUGUGCCUCCCAAUAUAAUGGUAUAAAGCCAAUGUAACCAGUGACUUAAAGCAGCAGUGGAACAUGCUAAAGUAUGUGUCACAUUCAUUAAUUUUAGAUUUCAGAAGCUAAAUGCUACAUGUUAAAAUUCCAUAAUGGAAAAAAUACUCCCUACAACAGCAACAGUAAUGUUGCCUUAAAUCAGGUCAGAAAUACUGUGUUUUUGGGGAAUUAGUGUUACUUGUUAACUUUUUUUUUAUUUUUAACCAGAUGUACAUGAAUAAUGCAGUAUUUCAGCAGGGUGCCUUUACAAUCAGUAUGUUUAAUCUCUUUUUGGCCUGUAAAACUGCUGUGUUUCCAGUAAAGAGAGAAAUAUCUUUUUAAGGAAUUCAGAGUUUGAAUGUACUGUACUCUGCAAGUUUUUGUUUUGAAAAUAUUGUAAGGUAUUGCCUGUAAUUUUUAUUCUGUCUGGCUUUAAUUAAGAUAAUUAAAUUGCAAGUUCAGUGAGACAUGUUCAGCAUUUAACCCAAAAAAAUCUUUUACCUUUUAAUAUAUUACCAAUUAGUUUUGGGUUCUUGGUCUCCUCUUACUUAGAAGCCUUAAUAUUUUCGUGCAUUUGGCAUAGUACAUUCAGGAGCUUAUAUCUGUAUCUUAAAUGAGUUAACUUUUUAACCACAAUAACAUAAGGCAAUCUGUACACAUCUUUCACAUUAAAAUUUGUGUUUUAUAUUUGUUUACAUGCUCCAUUAAUGGGAAUUUCAGGCAAUUGUGUAUUUUUAUCAAGUACUUUGUUAUGCCACUGGAAACACAAAUGUUUUUAGGCCUCUCCCAGAACGUUUCAAAUGGUAAAUCAUCUAUUUUGCAUAACUGCCUCACGUUCACAUUUAUCCUGCAAACUUAACUUGUUACUUAAGCUCCAUUGCCAUUAAAUAUCACUUUAUUUUCAUACAUUGUGCUUCUAAUAUUAACAUUUAAUGAAUACCAACUCUCCAAUACAAUUUGGAAGAUUACUUUUGUUUUUAUUUUAUGGUUUGUUUGGUGAAUAAAGUUGGUUUUCACUAA